AAAGCAGUAGUUUCCAAGCUGAGCUCUCUUCCCUUUCUCUCUAAGCUUUCAUACACUGAAAAAGAUUGAAUCUUCGGAUCCGGAUCCGGAAACCCGAACCCGCUAUGGCUUCGUUCGACGCUUUCAGCACCGACGGCGACGAUCUCAACGCCCCAUCCAACCGUCCAUUUGACCACGACGAGGUCGUCGUCGAGGAGGAGGAGAGCUACGAGUACGGCUCCUACUCUGACUUCUCCGGCGGCCAAGGAGGAGGUGGAGUGUCGGUGGAUCACGCCACCGCCGCGGAAGCCUCGCCGUUCGGAUUCGAAGAUCCGAGCCCGGACUACUCCGGCUCGUCGCCGUUCGCGUCGGCGGCUCCGGCUGAGAACGGGAAUGGAUAUGGAAUCGGCGAGAACGGAAUCGACGACGGCGUUUUCGCGUCGGACGGGCCUGUGCUGCCGGAGCCGAGCGAGAUGGUGGAGGAAGGGGUUGCUCUUCGUGAGUGGAGGAGGCAGAACGCCCUUCUGCUUGAGGAGAAGGAAAGGAGGGAGAAAGAACUGAGGAUCCAGAUUAUUGAAGAAGCUGAGGAGUUCAAACGCGCAUUUUAUGAGAAAAGGAAGCUUAAUGUUGAGACUAACAAGGUUCAGAACAGGGAAAAGGAGAAGUUGUUCUUGGCUGAUCAAGAGAAGUUCCACAAGAAUGCAGACAAGCAAAGUUGGAAGGCAAUAGCUGAGCUCAUUCCACACGAGAUUCCCAACAUCGAGAAAAAGAGAGGCAAGAAGGAUCAGGACAAGAAACCAUCGAUCACAGUCAUUCAGGGUCCAAAGCCUGGAAAACCCACUGAUCUUUCAAGGAUGCGACAAAUACUUUUGAAGCUGAAGCAUACAACUCCACCUCACAUGAUUCCUAAACCACCUGCUCCUGCUAAAGAUGCUAAAGAUGGGAAGGAUGCAAAAGAUCCCAAGAAUGUAAAGGAUGCAAAAGAUCCCAAGAAUGUAAAGGAUGUGAAGAAUGGAUCUGCAUCUAAAACUAAUGGAUCUGCAGAAGCUGUGGCGCCUGCUGCUUCAGAAACCAAAGAAGCCACCACUAAUGGCACUUCAGAUGCACCAGAACAAGCAGCUCCUGUUUCUACCGAGGAACAGUCUGCUUAAGUCGAUAUAAUGUUCCAACUCUCUCCAUAUUUGUUAUUAUUUUGACUAAUUUCAUUAUCGGCUGUCUUCUUCCUGUUUCUUUUGCUACUAAUGAUCAGAAUAUUGUAAUAUUUGGCCUCCAUUGGUCUUAGCUUUAUUAUGGAGGGCCUUUACAUACAUUGGUUUUGGAUAUGUUGUGUUCGGGAUUUGAGAUUGUCAUUGUUUUACAGUCAUUUUAUGAAUAUUACUUUUUUGUAACAGCGUU